UGUUGAGAUCAGUUAACCUUCAGGUUUAUAUUAGAAAGCAUCAGCAGAUGGAUAUCAGUCAGUGGUCUGAACCCACAGACGUGUGUAACAUCCUCCAUGAACACCAAAACAUAAAGAGAGGGAAAUGUGAGACACGGAAAAAAAAGAACAUGACACAAACAACUGAAACAUUUUGUUAAGUUUCAAAAGCAGACAAACUUUGAUUUAUACAUGGAGAUUAAUAUCAAUGACUAUGAGAAAGUAGUAAAGCAACUAAGAGAAAGGAAGAGGACAAGAAAGACAAGAAGGACUGCAAAUUCAGGAAGAAGAAUCUAUGCGCUGGUUGUUAUGACAGUAGGGCUGUUAUGUGUCCUCCAAGCUACUCUCAACAUCUCCCUCAGACUCUUCUCCUCUGAGAGAGACCUGACUGCAGAGAGAGACCAGCUACAGAGAGAGAGAGACCAGCUUGAGACCGGCUUCAACAAUCUGGUUGCAGAGAGAGACCAUCUUAUGAAAGAAAUAGAAAGGUUGAAUGAGACGAACAGUGAAGGCUGUCCCCAUGAAUGGAGAAAGUUUGGCUGUCACUGUUACUAUGCCUCUACUGGAAAGAAACCCUGGGAGGAGAGCAGACGGGACUGUCUGGCGAGAGCAGCUUAUCUGGUGGUCAUAGACAGCAGAGAGGAACAGACAUUCAUCAAUGGGUUAUAUGCAUCAGGCCUUCAUGUGUGGAUUGGUCUGACUGACAGAGAUAGUGAGGGGAAUUGGACCUGGGUGGACGGAACACCACUGACCACAGCGUACUGGCAAAAGGGACAACCCAACAGCUAUAAAACAGAACAAGACUGUGUCGAAUUCUUCCAUCGUGCAUUAGGCCAAUUGGGGGAAUGGAACGAUGAGGCGUGUUCUGCUGAAAAUCAACGUAUCUGUGAAAAAUAGGAAAUUUGUCUACACUGCUGUUAGCUCCUGUAGUGUAUCUACCAUGAUCUUGUGCUGUCCAAUUAUAAAAUAGAACACCUACUGGUCACAUGGCAAUGUUAACAAUAGAUUAAUUCUUCUUACACUUCUUUCUGUAACAGUUUUAAAGAGUAACUAAAUCCUGGCCUAUAUCCCUUACCUGUGUGAUUGGGAUAUACUGUUAUUAUAGUGUGUUUUAUAUCGAUACAAUACACAUUUUCGUAUGUAACAUUCAGCUAAUGAACUGAAUGCAUAGAUUUGAUGAUUCUGUUAAUGCAUACAAAGGAACAGUAAGAUCAUGAUCUUGGACUGUCAGAACAGGAAAUAGCACUCCCUGUAACAUGUACCCUAUUAGAAUGUGCUGUUGUCUAUAAUACAGUAGCUGAUAAUUAUUGUGUUACAUUUUACAACUAACAAUUGCAUGCGAUUAAAAGUAAUCUCUCAUUUUU